AUGUCUCCACGCGGUCGCGACAAGGUAGCGCUCUCCUUCACGAACUGGAUCCUUGGUGGAUCUUUGCUCUGUGACGCGUCGCGCAAAAGCUCUAUACGUCACAGCUCUGGGCAUCAUGUCAUCAUCUCUGAGGUCGAUAGGAAGGGAAAUGAGAUUGAAGUGAUCACACCUUCAAAGGGAAAAGACAAAAGCAAAGACAACAAAUCCUCUGAUGAGCCGAAGGAGGAUCCUGUUUCCACGAAAGAGAAUCUCGAGAAGGACUCUGAUUCCUCGGAGAAACCAGUGAAAUAUUGUACUUGCAAUGAACGUAGCGGCAAAGAAGAUGACACGCCCGGCAAUGAUGACAAGAAGGAAGAUCCCAAGUCCAACGAGCAGGAGCCAGUCAUGAGCGGGGGUCUGGGAGGUGGCUGGACAGCGGAGCAGGAUCAGAAAAUCAAGGAAAUGAAGAGCGAGAAUAAGAGCUGGAAGGAGAUCGCCGCAGUUGUUGGUGGCAGCAAGAAAGCGCUCCAGAACCGAUUCAAGGAGCUACAGAAGGAGCAGCAGGAGGGUGAGAAGACUGAUGCCGGCGGUAUUGGCGCGACAGCUGGGGGAGAGGGGCAGGGAGGAAAUGAUGUCGAUGCCGGUGGUCUGGACUUCAGCACCUUGUUCCUGGAUGACGAUUUUGGUGACAUUGGCGAGAGUAACAACAAAGCUCCAGGUUCAGGUGACACCGAGCAAGGGAAGGAAAAGAAGCAUGAUGCAGGCGGCCAGAGCAAGGAGAACCAGCAGAACAACAAUAACGACCAAAGCAACUAUAUCUAUGAAGGAUAUCAAGAUCAGCAGUAUCCAGGCCGACUCAGAAUCAACGAAGUCUGGUCCCGAGACGACUGCGAGAUCCUCGAGUAUCUGGAGGGGCGAUACCGAGAGCACAAAUGGUUGCACAUGCAAGCCAAUUUCUUCAACUUAACGGGCCGCAUGGUCCCUGCAGAGAUCAUUCAGCAGAAGUUCAAGGACGAUGAGUAUCCUUGUACCGACUACUAA